AUGAUAGGUCACUUAUCUAUCAAAGCUUCAUGCCAUAAAUUGCAUGAGGUUUUAAGUCGCUUGAACGGACUCGUGCGCGAUCUGUUUUCAACAACUAGCUUCGGUUACUUGUUGGACUUAACAGCUCAGUCCAGAGACGAACUUCUUAUUCAUGGGCUGUUACUGCAUAUGUUACGUCCUACUGCUGAAACGGAUGCCGAUGAACGCCUAUAUUUUAGGUUUUCUAGACGUACGCUAUCAUUUGAGCCGGAGGAGUUUUGCCUGGUGAUCGGACUUUACAUGGGUCGGUGUCCUAACUCAAUGAUCGAAUUUUCAACCAUGUAUAAACACAGAUAUGGUGAAAAUACAUUUCAGUCCAGAGUCUUCCCGUAUCGCACGGACACUUCUUUAGUUGUAGAAGAUUUAGAGCUUCUUAUCUUGAAUCAACGGUUCAAUGCCAUAUCGGCUCAAGAUGGUGUUCGUGCCAUUUUUCUAUAUAUCCCCAAUCAAGAUAUGGAUAUGGGAGAUGUUUCCAGCAAUCCGGGGAAAUGGGGAAUGAGGAUGUGGUAUAUAGUCCACAAAAAUCAAAUCGAGUUUAACGAGGAUGAUCAUGUUGGUAAUUCACCAGAGGAUGAUUCUAGAAAACAAAUCGUGAAGAAGAAAAAGAAAAAGAAGGAGGUUGUUGCUAGCGACAUUGUGGACGCGAAAAACCAUAUACUCAGGCCUGUUGUUAAAGAAGGACGUCCGGUUAAGCAAUUGAAACCUUCUCAAUAUCUUAGUUCUCCUUACGUUUCGGUUCAAAAUGCGACCCCCAUAUCGUACAGGUGGGGUAAUACACAACGAAACAACCGCUCCCCGUAUUUGACAGCGAUCCCUCAGCACUUUUAG